ACAAUUUUGACAUUUCUAAUGACGUUUUUCUCAAGUUGCAAAAUUUACCAAAAGAAAAAUAAAAUAAAAAAUAUUAAAGUUUAGUCAAUAAUUAAUCAUAGUUGCGUUUAACACUUUAACAAAAAUCUUCAAAAUGCCUGAAACAAAUCAUUGGAGCUAUGAUUUUCUCAAAUCAAUGAUUACCCAGAAACAAGUCAGUCAAAUUGAUGUGGAAAACUUUAAAAUGCUAUUCAAAGAUGAGAUCCAAUCAACAAGACGUUAUGCCUGCAUUAAAACUCUUGACGAUCUAUUGGAUUGCUUGGAACGACGUGAUAAUCUCUCCGAAUACAAUGUCGAUCCUUUUCGUUCAAUAUCUGAAUACUUUGCUGACGAUGAAAUCGAUAUGGCUCUGGAAAAGUAUCAUCCUCCAACAAAUGACAAUGAUUUACAAAAUAUCUAUGCUCUACAAAGAAAUCAGGAAAAAGAAAAGAUUGCCAUAAAAAGUGAGUUGAAAGAGGAACCAAAAGUUGAACAUAAACCCGUCGUAAUCAUAGAAUUCAAUCAAAAGAAGCGAGAUGAUAUUUACAAGCUUAUUGCUCGAGAUAUUGGCAGGGAUUGGCGUUUUUUUGGCCGUGAAUUGUCAAUCCGAGCUGGAGAUUUAGAUAAAAUCGAUGCUAAACAUCCCAAAGAUUUGCAUUCAAAGGUCUAUGAAGUCUUUGAAAUAUUUGAAAACGAUCCAAGCCAUAAUCCCAGAGAACAUUACAACAUUAUUUGUGAGGCAUUGGACAGUUGUCGGAGGAAGGAUGUUCGGCGCUUGGUUCAAAAAGUUAUGAGCUAUUAGAAUAAAGAAAGUUUUGCUUUCUUUAAAAGCUCUUUUUUAAGCAAAGUGAUAUCUUAUUUAAUAUUAAGUUAAGACUAAACUUAUUAAUUUUGUUAAAUUUGUAUUUUUUGAAUAUAAAUAAAGUUAAUUUUUUUUUUCAAA